AGUGGUCCGGUGUCUCUCCAAAUUUUAUGGUCCUUAUAUACCUGAGUCAACUCCGAUAUCGAAGGACCUUUAAAAAAAAAUAAGGGGGAGAAGGAUUGCAAGUGUUGUUGUGUCUCGGUAAACAAUGUCCCGAGGUGUAUGUGUGUUGUAAGUUCAUGCUAUCAUAGCCACAAGGCGGAAGUUGUCACAUGAAUCACAGUGUGGACAAGGAUUAACUUUUUCUUUCACUCAGCAAGGGAAAUCUAUUCAUAUUUGUGUCAUUUUCCUUUCAUAGUUUGAUUGCUCUGUGCAUUAAACAGAUAAUUUGAACAAGUGUGAUGGUGGAUAUUUACAUUGGUGCAGGGAGAUAUUCAGUCUGAUUGAUUUUUACAUGAAGGAAAUCAGAAUUGUUCACCAGUUUUUAAAUGACAUGUAGCAUGGAGUGUUUAAGUUUGAGAGGAUUUGUCUCCAAAAUUCACUAUUAGUGAAGGAAUUUAAGGAAUUUUAUUCUCUCACCCUCUGUCUCAGCUGAAAGCAUACAAAAGGGCAGCAUGCAGAAGGGUGUCAAUUCGUGAAAUGUAAUGAGAAGUGAAUAAUCAAUCAAACUCACUCCACACAAAAAAAUUCCUGACCUGUGUUGAAAGAGAUUUCUUCUGUACAGAGUACCAGUAUAUAGUUCUUUUGACAUUGCUUGUCCAGUCUGUGUUUGUACCUUAAGGCUAAUCUAGCUGCCCUCCCCCCAUGAACUAGGUGGGAGUGUGUGUCCCUAUAGUGGUGGUACUUAAGUUCAUUGCAUAAGGCGUGGUCACUGAGGGGGAGACACUAUGUACCAUUUGACUGUCAGUGAGGAGGGGGAGGAUGAAGACAAGAGACAUGAUUAUAUCACUGUACUUUCAGAUGGAGGUGAAAGCAAGCCACUGCCAACAUGGAAAACCUACUUAUAUACCUUGCAGCUUCAGGCACCGAAACCAAAGAAGAUUGUAUGUCAACACGAGAUCCCAGGCAAGCCAACUUUCUAUGGAAAAGAAUUCCACGGCAACAUAACACGUGAAGAAGCUGACCAUCUGUUGUCCAGUGCGGGAGAUGGGAGCUAUCUGGUCAGGAAGAGUGAGAGGGCCGCUGAUGCCUACACACUGGCCAUCAGAUUUGACAGUCAAACCAAGAACUACAAGUUGUACUAUGAUGGCCAGCACUACGUCGGGGACAAACGCUUUGAUACUGUGCACGACUUGGUGGCUGAUGGACUUAUCCACUUCUAUGUGGAGCUCAAAGCCUCUGAUUACAUAGCAUCGUUAUCAAACGAGUCCAAUUAUGCAGAAUCUCCAUACCUGGCUUACACAGACAAGCGGAAGCGUCUGCAUCGUUCUCGUAAGUCUGUGAACAGUAAGCGACUUGAGUUCGGAGAGCAGUCCCAAGGAAGUAGUGGUAGUGCAAAUGGCAGUGUACAGCAACAGUAUUUAGAUGAUGAACUGGAUAGUAUAGAUGAUGUGGAGAAAUAUGAAAAAGCUCACAACUUUAAGACUCAGAAUUUCAUUGGACUGCACUGGUGUGACUUUUGUGCCAACUUUAUGUGGGGGCUCAUUGCACAGGGAGUGAAGUGUCUAGACUGUGGUUUUGAGGCUCACAAGAAGUGCUCAGAAAAAGUGCCAAACGACUGCCUGCCGGACAUCAAGUUUGUGAAGAAUCUGUUUGGUGCCGAUCUGACGACUGUGGUGAAGGCGAGGAACACACCGAUCCCUGUGGUGGUGGAGAAAUGUAUCAAAGAGAUCGAACACCGAGGUCUAGAAGUAGAAGGCUUGUAUAGAAUAGCCGGACUUCAUGAUGAGGUGGAAAGCAUCAGGAUGGCUUUUGACAAAGAUGGAGAAAACACGGUGAUCAGUGAAUCGAAGUAUGAUGACAUUAACAGUAUAACCAGCGUUCUCAAGCUAUACUUCCGACUUCUGCCCAUACCCCUCAUUACAUUCGAAGCCUAUAGGAUCAUCAUUGACACUAUGAAACAAGACGAGCCCCGCUCUCGGACUCAGAUCAUCAAAAUUAAGGAGGGCCUGAGUAAACUGCCCCCGGCUCAUUACCAGACUCUGCGCUUCCUACUCGCUCAUCUCAACAGGGUAACAGAACAGAAAGCGACCAACAUGAUGGGAUCUGACAACCUGGCCAUUGUGUUUGCACCCACGCUGAUGCGCUGCCCGGAGCCAGACCCUAUGAUGAGUCUGAUGAAUGCUCAGUUUGAGCAAAAGGCUCUAGAAACGAUGCUGGUCAAGUUCAGGGACUUGUUCUCCAGAAUGAGUACCACUCAGAACUUUGAAGCCAAUGCAAAGAGACCUAGCUUUGAUGCUUUAAGAAUUUCAGACCAGACCCCUCAUUUUGACAAAGUCUGAGAUCAACAUGGGGUGUGUUUACACUGUGCUUGACUUGUGAUUUUAUAUUCGUAUAGCAAGGAAAUGAGCAUCUAAAAAAAUGAUGUAGAAUUUCAUUUGAACUUAAAUAUGGACCACUUCUUGCAUGAAAGGAUGAAAAAAACAAGACCAUGGUUUUUAACAGAAAACAUUUUUAAGCAAUAUUGUAUGACAGUUAUAUGAAAACUUUGAUCAUGUUGUAUGAAUGUUGUUUAGUUGUGUGAAGUAAAUGUAUAGGAAAUACUUAGAAGAAAGGAUUAUGUACAAUACGCUUCUGUAUACUCAAUAAGUUCCUUCUGUUAAGCUUCAUGCAAACGUUCCUGAAAAAAAAAUACUCUCAUACUACAUUUGUAUCUAUAUACUUUUGUACAUCCUUAGUAAGACUUGCAUUUUUUUAGUAUAAACGUGGAAGAGUCACAAUGUAAUUUAGCUAAUUUUUUCUUCAUACCUGUCGAAAUCAUCCCCUAUUGACCACCUAAUGAAGGUAGUAUUUGCCUUUUUUUUAUUACAAGCCUGUAAUGUGCUUCCAGUAUGAAAUAAAAAACUAUGAAAUAACAAAACAGCUGUAAAGUAAAUUUUUACAGUCCCUGAGUGCUUUUACCAAAUUGUGAAUAGAAAACGGGACAUUUUUAAAUGUUAAGUGCAUGAGUGUAAUUUUUUUUAUGUAUAUGCCAUUAUCUAUGUUUAGAAACAGUAACUGCAUUGAGAAUGUCAAAUUUUAUCAUUUGUGAAUGGCAGGCAUCCUUACUCCAUUCAAUACAAAAUGAUUGUUUAUUUAUGAUUAUAAUGAUUUGUUUUUCAAUUUGAAAUUUUUUUUGGUUUCAGAUUCAGUGUAUUAUAGUGUCCAAGAAGCAGCAUUUAUGUUUACAUGACCACCUCAAUUGUGCAUGUAUUGAAAUUUAGUACAUGAGUGACAAUAGUUGCUCAGACAGAACUUUCUUUUGGUUAUUUUCCUAUUUAACAUACCGCUCUGUAUGAUAAAAUCAUAAAAUAUGUAAAAUCACUUACCCAGCAUGCAACUUGCACACACCAAACUGAUUUUUGCCUGUUUUAUAGGAUUUUUGGUCAAUGGUUAUUAUUGCAAUUUAAUUCUGCUCAGAACAAACAAACCAUAUAUAUAUACCCACCUAUUGACUAUGUUACUAACUUAUUUUACUGCAAUUGAAUUAUUUUAAAAAGUCUAUUCCUAGUCUUAAUUCCCCUUGACUAUAAUUAUUUUAUUUGAAUACAAAAUUCUAGCGAAAAAAUUCUGUUGGCAAUGAGAAAUGAGUCCCCAUGUUCCCAUUAUAUUCCACCAUGUCAUCUCAUCCAAAGAUUUAGUAUUCAUUUCAUGUCAUAUCAUGUGAACAGCAACUUGUUUAUCUUAGGUCUUCACUUUUUUUUCUAUAAAGAUGUAUUAAUUUUGUUUAGUACUCAUUUUUCUUUUUAUAUAGAUGUGGACUCUGGCAUAGAUGUGAUAACAUGUUAUAACAUUUCAUAACAAACACAUGAGAAAGUUAAUGUUGUUUGUAUUUAAAAAAGCAAAAAGAAGUGCUGGUACAUUUAUUUCUUACAAUAUGAUUUGUAGUACACAUGUAUUUUGUUCAUCUGUGUGAAUUUGUGCUGUUUUUACUUUGGAACAAAAACACGAGUCAAUAAUGACGUGGAAUCCAUUUAAUUUGUUCCAUUUCAUUUCUUAGGUUUUUUUUGUAAUGUGUAUUUGUAUACUAAGUAUUUUUUCCAUGUAUUUUACCAAAUUUCAAAUAAAUGUGAAUCAAAUUUCA